UAAAGCCUGAACAAAAGAGAGCAGCGGCCGUCACAACAACAGAAGCUCACAUUGUUUCAGACGACAACACGGAGCCUAUAUGACAACAGCACAUCAACACCAAAUAUCACAACCGCAGAGCAUCUGCACACAGACGCAUCAGUAGCCAAUCAGACACCAGGAAAAUCCACAUAUUCAAACUCCUCUCGGACAAUUGAACCAUUUUUGUUUUUUGGUUUCGCUUCACUUUCUGAGUUUUCAUCCGGGAUGUUCGGCAGGACUCUUCUUCUCGUGUGUGUUGCUGUUUUCUUCUGUGCAGAUGCUGAGGAUAAAUCCCGGCUCUACAGGAGGCCCUCCUGUGGUGGGAUGAGUGUGACUCAGGCGUGUCCUCUGAACUAUUCUCCAGUGUGUGGCAGUGAUGGCAUCACCUACCCAAACGAAUGUUCUCUGUGUGUCCACAGACUGGAGAAGAAUGCUGACAUUUUGAUUGUGAUGGAGGGGCCGUGUUGAGGAUAUCAUCCCACUUGUCCCUAAUGGAGGAUGUCAUCAGAUCUCUAUGUAACUGAUGAUGUCAUCAUGUGCUGUUUGUAUGUAGCUGUUAGCAUGUAGCGCAGAGGCAUACAGAUGCAUACACAAACACACAGUCAUGACUGCAGCCAUAUGUCGUAAUUAUUCCAACACAUUUAUUUUCUAAUGAUGUGUUUUAUAUUUUGAUAUAUCUGUGAAUACAUUUGUCAUUGUAAUCUUGGAGUAAUAAAGGAUUUUCUUUGUG